AUGGCGUUAGCAUGGCAGCCAAAUACUGAUGGUUUGGAGCAAAUUUUACAGCUUUUGAAGGAGUCCCAGAGUCCUGAUACAGAAAUACAGAGAGCAGUUCAACAAAAAUUGGAAUCUUUGAACCAGUAUCCUGAUUUCAACAACUAUCUCAUCUUUGUGUUGACCAAGCUCAAGAAAGAAGCCGACAAGGUCACUAAGCGGUCUUAUCCUCAAGAACAAUGUCAAGGCUCACUUCCACAACUUCCCCCAGAGGUCACAGAGUUCAUCAAGACGGAAUGUCUGGCCAACAUCGGCGACCCUUCACCCCUCAUCAGGGCGACCAUUGGCAUCCUCAUCACUACCAUAGCGACCAGGGGUGAUCUCCAGAACUGGCCCACCCUCCUCCCAACGCUGUGCCAACUCCUCGACUCAGAAGACUACAACACUUGUGAGGGAUCAUUUGGGGCCUUGCAGAAGAUCUGUGAGGAUUCGGCUGACAUCCUGGAUAGCGACGCUCUCGAUCGCCCACUCAACUUUCUCAUUCCAAAACUGCUGGAUUACUUCAAGCAUGCCUCCCCCAAGAUCAGGUAUGUAUGCCACAUCUUGGAGAAAACCCAUUUUUAG